AUGCCUAAUGCUGGUCCAAACCCAGAUCAUGGUUACACGACGUUUGACAACAUGGGUUGGUCUCUUAUUAUGGCUCUGCAAAUACUAACAAAGGAUUUCUGGGAAAAUGUUUACAAUAAGGUAAGUAUAUCAAUUAAAUUUUUUUGUGGAAAUAAGGAGGAAACUGAAGGAAAGAUGCGCGAUAAGCCAGACUUCGUCAGAUCUACCUCAGGCAGUCAGUCUUGGAAACGUGGUGAAGAAUAUUUAAGUGGCUAUCAUGAUACAAACUAUAAACUAACUGUCAUGGUGUAACCGGCAAAAUUGAACACUUAUCAUUCCUUUUAGAUUUACAGAUCCUCUGGAGCGCAGUACGUGCCAUAUUUUGUCAUCGGAAUAUUCUUCUGCGCUUUUUACCUGAUGAACCUUGUAUUGGCGAUGGUUUACUUAUCAUAUGAACAGGAAUUAUCUUCAGACGGAAAAGAGGUACUUUUAUAUACCCCCCAGUCUAUUCAACAUAGGUAGGCCAUCUCACAGAGUUCAGAUCAGUUAAUUUUUUUUCCCUUAGUAUUUUGACUAAUGCUAGAUUACAGACUUUAUAGAUUGAUGUUUACAGGGAAAUGUUGCUAUAGAAUUAAUAUAAAAGUUUGAGUAUGAUGCCGAAAUGAACCAUUAGGUUUUCCAGUUAGCCACCAGAGAGUGAUAAUCUAUAUUACACACUCGAGAAGGCCUGGAUGAAAUCGAACAGUAUCUUUCUGCCAGGCGACUUUAGUUGUGACCCGCUGGGCGUCAGAGAGCGCACCGAACGUAUAGACAACAACCACAAAACCAGGAAGUUACUGGACCUGUUUGACCUUUUUAAUACGCAGAACGUUGUAGAUGAACCUACCCGUGUCAGAUUAACUACACAGUCUUUAAAUUGACUUGAUUGUGACGACUAAGGUGAACUUAGUCAGUAAAACGGGAGUACUACCGCUUGGUUUAUCAGAUCACUACCUUAUCUACGCAACUCGCAAGCUUGAAUAGCGAAAACCCGGCACCAACAAAUAUUCGGACCACAAAUUUUAAACAUUCAGUAAUGACAAGGAUUUUAAGUUGGAUGUUGAUCGAAUACCAUUUCACAUUACCGAGGACAAACAAGAUUCCCUGUGAGCCUGGGAGCAAUUGCUCAGUAGCGUUUGUGAUCAACACGCACCACACACAGUUCUGAAAGCACGAAGCCUGUCCUCCCCAUGGAUUAAUAAACAAAUCAAGCUCAAAAUGAAUCGAAGAUUCAUCAUGUUCAAGAAAGCCAUUGAAACCGAAGAGGCUGACCGGUGGGCUGAUUACAAAAAAAACUAAGAAAUAAAAUAACAUCUGACAUUAGGAAGGCCAGAACAGCUUAUUUUGGGAGGAAAUCUAUUCUAGCAACCAAUCCUAAAGCUCGAAAACCAAUCGGUCUGCAGUGCUCUCACCAGGAUUUUGCCUUGGGGAGUCCCAGGGCCCCCUCUUCCGAGAAAUAGGGGCCCCGUAAGAACAUUAGGGGGACAAAGUUACAAAAAACACGCGGUACGAAGAACCUGAGCCCACACUCCAAAUUGUCUGUUACAUGAAGUACCUACCUGAUCCAAUAUGGCGGAAGAGGUGUUUACGAUUCGGAGGAGGAGUUUACGAUGUAGUGGGACGUGCGUGGGACCAAUGAAAGUAAAGGCAACCAAAUUAAAGACUUUGACUCAUUUGAUAUCAUGUUUUUUAUUUAUUCAAACAAACAGAAUGCUUUAGUGUUAGGUUCACCAUUAAAACUACUUAAGUCCGUUUGACUCGUAGCUUGCCCCUGCGCCCAAACGGGCGCAUCUUCUUGGUUUUCAUGCGCCAUUUCAGUUUUUCUUGCGGGAAUCCCGCAAGGCCGCGGCCUGGUGAGAACACUGGGUCUGCUAAAACGUGACGACGAGUUUCUCGCUGUCGAUGAUAAAGAGAAAGCUAACUUAUCAAAUUGUUUCUUCGCUACUGCUGGAAUGAAACUGGCAGAUACCAUUAAGCCACAGCACCAGAUACUAACCACCACAAAAUCUAAGCCUGUCCCAUGUAUAUAUGAUGCACGAGUAUCAUACGGUGAAGUCGCGAAGAAACUUAUACUUUGAAGAAAAACAAAGCCAAUGGCCCUUAGGGUAUUUUGCCACGGCUACUUGGAGCUGCUGAACAUCUAUUGCCGUGCCGCUGACUAACCUACAUCUACGUAGCUUGAGAGAAUCUAAAGUUUAUGGCGACUGGAAGGUAGCCAGAUUAAAUCUCGUAUUUAAGAACACGACGAAUGCAUUUUCUAGGCUAAGCGUGACAAGCAAAAUCCUACAGUCUUGUGUCACCGACUCUACUGCAGAUCACGUCUUCACUCACAAUCAGCUGGUAAUUGAAUAUCAGUGGGCCUACCGCAAGGGCCACUCUACUGACUUACUAUUAACACACCUAACAGAGACCUGGAGGGGCGUCCUAGACUCCAAUCUUGUCACUGGCGUAUUAUUUAUUGACUUCCAAAAGCGUUUGAUAGCAUUUCUCACCAAAUUUCAAUCCACAACUUUGAGGAUGAUUAGGGGAUCAAGGGGAACCUACAUGACUGGGUAAGAGACUCUCGGAGUGAAAGAAAACAAUACACCGUUGUAAAUGGAGAACUUUCAGACAACGCUUAGGUAACUUCUAGCGUCCCUCAAGGCUCCGCGUUGGGACCAACACUUUUCGCCCUGUACACCGGCGAUCUACCUGAGGCUGUUAGUUCCGCAUCUCUCUACAUGCGCGCUGACGACACGACUAUGUAUUGUAUAGGUGAGUCGGUGGACUCCGCUUCCAACAUGCUCAAUAAUGCACUAAAGAAAUUAGAACACUGGAGUUCAAAGAACCACCUGGUACCUCACCCUAAAAGUGUGAAGAAAUGAUUUUACACGACCCCAUAAGCGGCAACGCUUUAAUCACCAGCGUGUUGAAAUAAAAGUGAUUGUAUUGUAUUGUAUUGUAUUGUGAACUGGAUCAGUUGCUUUUUUUUGGCGGCGAAAUUCCUCGCGACGAAACUCUCCGCCCGUCGCUAACAAGUUUGACAGUUGUUGAUGAGUUAAACCAAAUCUCGUCACUUUUCCUCCCAAAUGUUGAUACAAAAACUUCUAAGACAGCCAAAGCAAGGAGUAAACGCUCUGAUAAAGGACCAGUGCUCAAAAAUGCUCUCCUCUCUUUGUUUUAUUAGUCAGCGCUGCUUUGUGCAGUAUACAUACGUACAUACAUACACAUGCACUUUAUUACGACUCCUCUAUACGGGGCUAUUCUGUCGUAAUAUACAUUAAUAACAAAUAUACAAUAAUAAAAUUACAAUGGGGCAAAAAUGCUUACAUCUGUUACAACAAGAAAUAUUUACAUGAGUUUAUAUACAGUCAGAAAAAUUUGAUUCAAUCUAAGAAGAGUUUGCAAGAAAGUGGGCGGCGACUUUCAUUUUAAAACUUGAGAUAUUGUUUACUUGUUUAAGUUCCGAAUGUUUUCUGGGAGUAGGUUGUAUUCGUUUGCCCCACGAAAGGCGAAAGAGCGUUGACCAGUUGAUAAUCUGCUUUUAGGUAGAUUCAACUGUGACAUGUUUCUAAUGCUGGUCCUCAGUAACACACGAAAUUGUCCUACACUUUUGAACCAUAGUAACAGUAUUUAAUAGAAGUUUUUGACGGACGCUUAGCCAGCCAAGGGAUUCGCGAGCAGCAGAGACAUGAUCAAAUUUUUUUGAUACCUAGGAUUAUCCUACAAGCAAAGUUCUGGAUAAGUUGAAGCUUUGAAAUGUUUUUGCUUGAGGUAUUACCCCAUACGCUAGAACAAAAAAGCCUGCUUAAAAUAAGAGUCUUUAUAAUUAAAGAAAGUGUUUUGAGGUCCAAAUGAUGUUUAAUCCUAUUGAUACGACGUAGAUUGUAAGGCAGCUCGAGGACAAGUUAUAGUAUAUUCUACAUCUAUAUCAAUUUGUUCCCAAGGGUGGUGCGGCACCAGUGAUGAUUAACCAGAUUGAUUAUCAUGGUGUUAUGACACGAGAUUGAAAACCGUUCUAUUUAUUCGGCAGAGUAACUCUCUUACGUUGUGUUGUUUUGUGUGCAUUAUUUAUUAGGGUAAAAAAAUGGAUCAGCGACGGACUGGUUGUUCAUAUCAAGCAGACAAGCAAACACUGAAGCGUCUUAUUCUAUUAGAUAGAAACCGAAGGCCUCCAUCAGGAGAUGAAGCCAACGAGUGUGGUAACGUACCUACGGAUUCGCACGCGGAAAAGCGCCGUGAAUCACGUCACCACCUUAUAACAGGCAGGGAAUUAACACAAAGGUCUGAGAAGACCAACGUAACUAGCAAGGCUCUGUCUCACAUAAAAUCCUAUUGGAAAAUGGUACGAAAGUGUAUGCACCAAAUCACCUCCCAUUCUACCUUCGAUUGCGUGAUUCUACUGCUGAUAGUUUUGAACACAAUUGUUCUGGCAAUGUAUCACCAUGGUAUUCCUGCCCAGUUUAGGCGCGUCUUGGAUAUUUUGAAUUGGGUGAGUAAAACUUACUGAUCGUUUACUAUGAAACUGGGAUAACAAAUCUAACUGUAGAUUUAUUAGACAGUUCCAGGUGUAGGUAAGCAUGGACCACCUGUGAUCAUUCUGAUAAUCUAAACCUUGUUAGCUGUAGCAGCCUGUCCUAGAGCUGCCCUUGGGGUUAAACGAUUACAAAAAAUAGUGCGGUCGGGUUUGGUCAAUAGGACAUAAGUACUACUGUAAGAUGGUCUGUCUUGCACGCUAUAUUUAUGAAUGAAUCAGUAAAUCACUGAGGUUCGAAAAUACGACAUCAAUGCCUUUUUUCUUUGCUAAAUAGGUGUUCACUGGAUUGUUUACGACUGAGAUUCUGUUUCGUGUGGUCGCUAUGGGACCAAAAGCAUUUGUCCGCGUUCGAUGGUACUUGUUUGACACAGCUGUCGUGGCAGCCAGCUUACUGGGAUAUUUAAUAGAUGCUGAAGGACUUAGUAUAUUUAGAACCUUUAGAAUGGUAAGCAUACAGGAAUCAUUUCAUUCAGAAGGAAAACUUUUUUAAGGUCUGUUGGCUAUUUAUUUUGCUAAAAAAGAUUUUAUCUGGCAGCAUGGUACAAUUGAAAAAGAUCUACGUUGACAACUUUGAACAUUGAAGAUGUCAAUAUUUUGAUGACUUUUCAGUCAUGACAGCUAACAUGUUCGGAAAGGAAACCAAGGAAAAGUUAAAGGAUAAAGUUAAAGUAUCGCAAGUAAUUGAAAAUCCUUAGACAAAUUUCGUACCGUCAUGUUUGUAACUGAAGUUUGAUGAUCUGGUUUUAACGUAUUUCCAUGUAAUACCGUGCUAGCUUCUGUGUUCUCACAAACGAUUAACUCUCUCCUGUUUAGGUACGACUCUUACGUUUGGCGAAGUCCUGGAAGACGAUGAAUAGACUAAUGAUGGCCAUUGCUAGAAGCAUAGGACCUGUGGGCAACAUCACACUUAUUCUUGGUGUAAUUGUCUACAUUUUUGCUGUCCUAGGAAUGAAGAUAUUUGGCAAGGAUUAUAAAACGGAUAAGUUUGGUGGUAGUGGAGUGCCACGCUGGAAUUUUAGUGAUAUCUGGCACGCUUUCAUGAUGGUUUUUCGUGUGCUAAGCGGGGAGUGGAUCGAGCCUCUCUGGGACUGCAUGAGAGUCACAAGCGCUGCCAAGGCAAUCCCUUACUUUCUAACAGUUCUCGUCAUUGGAAACUUUCUGGUGAGUAGCAUUUGUGAGUGAGAAUGGGAUUGACUACUUUGCUUAGAAUGAACAAUUACUGAGUAAGGUCAUGCCCAGAUUGAGAAAUUAAGAAUACGGCAAAAUAACUGGCUGCCCGGAUCGACUUACUCCUUCCAUAAAUAGUUUUUCAAUCUUAAAAUCAUGUAAAAGCUUACUGAGUGCGGCAUAUUUUACACUUCAUCAAAAUACAAGCGAAGAUAAACUGUAUGGCACAGGGAAUGACUUUAUUUAACUUAUAGAUUCAUGGGUCUCUGUUCUGAUACAGCGUGUAAGUUCUGAUCAUCUUGUUCUUUACCAGGUCCUCAACUUGUUUGUCACUCUAGUAGUGAACGCCUUUGACUUCCGAGACAAAGAUGACAAUUCAGAUGGCGUAGAUGGUGCAAAGUUUAGCAUAAAAAAGAUAUUUAAAACACGCAGGUCCUGCCUUUUGGAGGAAAAUUAUCGUGGGUCUUUUCGUCCUUGUAAGCUUCAGGUUAUGGAGAGCAAACAACCUGAUGAGCAAAGCAAUGGCGUUUCCUUGGCAAUACACGCAGGAGAUCAAGACGGCAAAGAAUACUGUAAAAGUAUAGAGAUAAUAUAUUUCUUUUACCAAGAAAACAUAUUUUUAAUUUGAGUGUACAUCUAAGGGACUUUUCAUUUGAUUAUUUUAGUAUACUUUCUAAAUAAAAUUUUUUGUUGCCCGCUCAUAAACAAUACCGGCCAUGAAUGGGUCGUUGUCUAUAGACCAUCCAAAUUUUCAAUUUUGUAUAAUUUCCAGCUACUUCCUUUCGUCGACUUACAAUACAUUUUGUUUUAUUCAUUCAAACUACUACUAAGCCUAAUCUAAAUGGAAGAUUUUGAAACUCAGAAAACCAUGACCUACGAAAAUAUUUCUGGAAUGUUAUUGUGUUGCAAGGAAGAAGCCGAUCAGGCGUGAGAAAACUAAGCGAUAUUCAACAACGGCAGUAGUGUUGUGAUCUACUUGCAUGUAACUAGUUUUCUUUUUUCUGGGUUGACAAUAUACCAAUCAAAAACGGUGAAAUAUUUUGAAUGAAUAAUAUUAUAUAAGGCAGUGGCUUAGUGGUGGGUCUGGGUUUGGAGAUAUAUCCUCAAUGAUACCGGCCAUCUUUUUAUUAUGUUCAAGAUAACCUUUAAUACUUAUUUUAGCGUCCAUGAAUUAAGCCGGGAUAUUCCAAACUUAAAAAACAGUUCAUUCUAUUUCAGCAUUUCUUGACAUUUCUUUUUCAUCCUUUUUUUAAUCUAUCCAGUAAUGAUUGUGAAUUUGAUGGGACAUGCUACAUUUGACAUUCUUUUUCAAAAUAAGCGUUAUCAUACAUGAAAAACAUUGCUAUAGUUUCAAUUUUAUUAAUUUUUGUCUUUCUAUGCGCGCAGUGUUAGACAACGUUAUCAACAUUGAGAGCUCAAACAAAACAAUCGGUGAAGGUGCGAGUUUUAAGGAUGGCGUUGAUCCUCCUCCCAGUUUCAAAAUGGAACGUAUAAAAGAAGGGAUUUCUGAAAAUGGUAUGGUAACAUUAAAGCCAGUUCCUUCGGUUAAAAUCAAGGAAUUAUACAUAGAGGACUGCCUCCCUGAGUACUGCGCAUGUGUAGACUGUCAACUGUGGAGGCCUUUAUCGACGGAUAGCAUUUCCUGGCUUAAGUUCCGCGGCCGGGUGCGAAUUUUUGUGGAAAAGAAAUACUUUGACUGGUUUAUUCUCUUCAUGGUACUUUUCAGCAGUUUUAUGCUGGUAGGUUGAUUUAUGCUGUGCAUCUUUUAAGAUCUUUAAAAUGAUUUACUUCAUAGAAGUUACUUUGACCUUUUCAACUUUUUUAUGAUUUCAUUCCUUUUAUUGCAGCUAGUGUUCAGGGUGGGAGUUCAAGUACCCUGUUCCUCCCAGGACACCCUGAAGUGCAGCGUUCUGGCCACUUAGCCACGCUGAGAUCGUAAACACUAUAGUAAAUGGAAAAUGCUUACAAAGGUCUUAUUGAAACUCGUAGGUUUUUGAAGACGUUAAUCUGCAUAAAAGGCCAAAUCUCGAGAAAACCUUGGAAAUACUCAACUACAUUUUCGCAUGCGUCUUUACGCUAGAGUUCCUACUUAAAGCCAUAGCUUUUGGCCUCACCAAGUACUUCGCCUCUCCUUGGAACUGUCUGGACGCCUUUAUUGUCUCAGUGAGUAGAAUAUGAUUGUUAAGCUCACUACGUACUGUACAAACAUUUGUAUAAAGGCUGGAUAAACGCAUCGCUGACAGUAUGUGUUUUACUUCACAGAUUUCACUCGCCUGCCUAUUUGAGAACAAGAACUUGUCUGUGUUUCGUUCCCUACGUACAUUACGAGCAUUGAGACCACUCCGGGCCAUCUCACGACUGGAGGGAAUGAAGGUAAUCAAAACUUGCCAGCAAAAUCUCCUAAGGGAAUUAAAUUAAGUCAUGUUGUUGCAAUAAAUUAUCGAUUUAUAUUAAGUCUGUUUCUUGAAACAAUAGCGAUGGUAGUUUAUGUAGAAAGAUAAAGAAAGAUCAUCCUAAGCUUAAACAAAAGAAUACAAUUCCUGAUCAAGAACAUGCCCAAGCCAUGCUAUCAAAGAGUUUGUCCUGUUUAGUUAAUAAAUCUAGUGCAAUAGCUUUUUGAUGAUGACCAUGUUGUUAAACAGACCGCCCAAAAGCACAACACAGCGAAUGGUGAUUCACCAUUCCUUUGGUUUAAUCCCCGUAGAAAUCGUAGCCAGUUCAAAGUAAAGUAAAACUUAGUUUAUUGCAUGACUACUAAAUCUCAUGUGCAGACAAUUAACACUGUUUAUAUUGUCCUUCUUAAGGUAGUGGUGAAUGCACUCUUUGCUGCUAUACCAGGUAUUGCAAAUGUCCUGGUGGUUUCCCUUCUCUUCUGGCUGAUAUUUAGCAUUCUUGGCGUUCAUUUCUUUGCCGGAAAGUUCUACAAGUGUGUGAAUGAGGACAACUCCCAGUUACCUGCGAGUGUGAUCGCCAGUAAAGCAGAAUGUAUGAACCGCACCAUAGACGGUUACCGUUGGAUCAACUCCAACGUGAAUUUUGAUAACGUCUUAGCAGGCUUCCUUGCACUGAUGCAAGUAGUACGUUACCACCUGUUUUUCUUUUUCUUUUUUCUUUUUUUUUUAGCAUUAACUUCUGACUAACGACAUUUACACAUGCUAUCAUAGCCAUCAAAGUGACCGUGCCCUUAGAAACCCAAACACAUGCCUUUAAAAUUGGAGAUAGGUUAUUUUGUGUUAAAGGUAUUGCAUUAAUUGUUGGUUCAAAGUGCUUAUAAUAUUAUAGGCGUUUUGGGUGAAUAUUAGCACACAAAAUAGAAUUUGAAAACAAGCAUGGACUAUUAAUAUGAAGAUAGGAGGAAAAUUCUUUGAAGCUAAACAAACCUGCAGUAUAUUUUUCCCUUACGAGAAUGAAUCUUCGUCAUAGGUGUCGCUGUGGUGUUUCGAAAACAUUCAGUUGUGUUUCGGUUUUCUAAGGACAGUAAGCGGGACCUUUCAUCGUACCACGUCUACGUAAUUAGCGCUCAUUCUGUUAGGAGUACAAUGUACUUAAGUAGCGACGUCUCUCGCUGAAAUUUGUGCUUAUAUGGCGUGUUUUAGGCUACUUUUGAAGGUUGGAUGGAAGUUAUGAAGGACGCAGUCGACUCGACUAAGGUGAGUAUCAAGUUCUUCUUAGAGGAACAUAAAAUUGUUGCGCUUGUUAAGCUAAAGAAAAAUUUAUGCCAAUUUUUCUUAUCGGAGCUGAUACGACCUAGUACAGAUCUCCUCAUUUUCCAUACCAUGAUUUAAAAGGGGCUGACACUAUCAUGAUUAUGAUCAUGGUGUUACCUAGCCGUGUUUUAACUGGAUGGAUAGCUCCCGCCAUAUACGCUUUCUGGUUUCGCUCAUGCGUUUUUGAUCUGUUUAACACCGAAAUUAUUAGAUUUAUCCUUUUUUGCAUUUGUGAAUAACGUAUACUGAUCUUAGAAUUUAUAGCUAAUUUAUGGGCUUGAUUCAUCUAAGAUGAAGCAUUUAGAGUUGUGGGAACAACCCUUAGACAUAAGGUCCCCUGGCUGUUUUUACAAGGGCGCCCCGGGAGUUGUAUACAUGUUCUUUUGGCCUAAGAUCAAGUAGUUUAAAGUUUUCUGGUUUCACCUUUUAUCGACUGAUAUUUUAACAUGGUGUUAGGAGUGGGUUUUUCCAGACGAACUGCAAGGUGAGUUGACGCGGCAAAACGCUCAUGAUGAUUGCCGUAUAUUCGACGCAGCCAAACUCCAGCAGUACGCGUUUUAUACAUAAGCACUUACUUGUACCGAACGUUCAC